AUGUACUAUAAAAACAAGCAUGGCAAGAUAGCUACUCUCCAUUGGCCCCGAGACUUGGUGCUGACGUCGGAAGCUGGGUCCUUGAAGGCCGAACGUGACAUCCGAGAGUCUUUGACUUUGUACUCUCACGAGGACGCUGCCAAGUCUCUCAAAGCCAAGAGCAAGAGGGACAUUGAUCUGUACCGCAAGGGAGUUGAUGCCAUUGAGAAUGAGUGGAAAGAGGGCACAAAAGCCCGUUAUUUACUAAAUGACCCGUCGAUCGGACAAGCCUUCAGCACCAUUAACAAACUCAAGGCCCGAACUGACGAAGAGGUCCCGAGAACCCGUGAUGAACGAUACCUUUUGUUCAUGGACAAUACCGAUGACUUGAACACACCAGACAUAUCUUGA